AUGAACCCUUUGAAAUGCGCCUUUGGAGUAUCGGCAGGAAAUUUCUUGGGGUUAUUGGUUCUCCAGCGGGGGGUAGAAGUAGACAAAAAUAAGGCGAAAGCAAUAAUCAAUGCUGAACCUCCGAAGUCUAAGAAGCAACUACCGCAAUUAAUCGGCCAAAUUAAUUUUCUGAGGCGAUUUAUUUCUAACACCGCCGGUCGAUUCCGUAGUUGGAGUGUUCUAUUAAGAGGAAACGAAGCCGAUCACUUUGUAUGGACAAUUGAGCAGCAGCAAGUGUUUGAUGAACUAAAGAGAUAUUUAGCAAGACCACCGAUCAUGAUGCCUCUGAAACCCAACCAGCCGUUGUUGCUGUGUAUAUCGGCUGCUAAUCAAUCCUUAGGAAGCAUACUCGCUCAAGAGGAUCAAGGAGUAGAGAGAUCGGUCUAUUACCUAAGUAGAGCUUUGAGUGAUAAAGAGACAAGAUACUCCGAUAUUGAAAAACUGUGUCUUUGUCUAUAUUUUAUAUGCUGCAAGCUGAGGUACUACAUGCUACUGGUGGUAGUCUAUGUCCUAUCACAGACUGACAAAGCCAUCAAAGGACAAGUGAUGGCUGAUUUCCUGGCGGAUCACCCGCGGAAUGAAAUUCCAGAAGAUAUCGCUUGCUUUGAGAUGAAUCCUUGGAGGCUUUGGUUUGAUGGUUCAAGAAAUGGCAAGGGAGAUGGAGCGGGGAUUGUCAUUGUAUCACCCUCGGGGGCACAUUACAAGAUGUCGUGUUCUUUGAAAUUUAAAUGCACCAACAACCAAGCCAAGUAUGAAGCACUCAUCCUAGGACUGGAAAUUCUAGUAGAACUGGGGGGCAAGGGCGAUUCUUGUUUGGGGAGAUUCGAUGUUGGUAAUCAAGCAAGUAGUUGGAGAAUACAAAUCGGUUACAAGCCCUAUUACGAGUAUGGGGUGAUUCAGAAGGAUACUCCAAAAUUGCAUACUGGUGAUAGCGAUACCUUAAGGACGAUUCACUCCGUCUAUCAGCUUGACUUUUCAACAGAUUGGAGAAGUGAAAUUCUAAAAUGGUUCAAAUCGCCUAACAUGGCUGAUAGAAGGUUACAAACUUUAGCUCUCAAUUAUGUUGUAUUGGCAGGAGAGUUAUACAAAAAAGGAAGCGACGGUUUGUUGUUUAGAUGCAUCAGCCCGAAGGAAGCAAUGUUAGUCAUGGCCAAAGUGCAUGAAGGGCUUGCGGGAGCACACCAAGCUGGACCAAGGAUGCGAUGGUUGGUUCAUAAGUAUGGUUUUUAUUGGCAAAAAAUGGAGCAGGAUUUCAUCCGAUAUUCGAAAGGGUGUGAAGCGUGUCAGAAGUGUGGUCCUGUACAACAUGUUCCGGCCGAGAUACUACGCUCUUUUGUUAAGCCCUGGCCAUUUCGAGGAUGGGAAGUGGAUUUAAUCGGUUAG